AUGUUCACCUUCAACUUCUCACUCCCUCUUCUUCUCCUUCUUCUUCCCCUCUUCCUUGCCAUCCAUGCGGCCGCCCUGCCGCCCCCUCAAAUUCCCACCCCCCAGCGCCGCGGGAUCCCCUACAACGACGUCUCUUUGGUUUCCCUCUUCAACAAACCCGGCUCGCACGCUACGUGGCGCUACAACUGGGACUCUUCAUCGCCGCCAUCGACUGCCUGGUUCGACUUUGUACCCAUGCUGCACUCGCUCCGAGACGACCAUACCGGGCACUGGAAAGCGAAUGCAGAGGCGGUAGCCCGUGGCAAUUACGAGGGAAUGAACGGACGAGCGACAUGGGUGUUGGGAUUCAACGAGCCUGACAAUUGCCUGCCUGGGGCAGGAGGUUCCUGCAUCGAUGUCGCUACUGCAGUGGCUGGAUGGAAGAAACACAUGCAGCCGCUUGCCUCGUUGAACAAAAACAUGUAUCUUGGGUCUCCGGCGGUUACCAAUGCUGCUGCGUCGGAUACGUCGGGGCUGGGGUGGCUGGCCAAGUUUAUGGAGAAAUGUGAUGGGUGUAAUAUCGACUUUGUCAAUAUCCACUGGUAUGGGUACGCCAACGCCCAGGCAUUCAAGUCGCACAUCGAGGCCACCCGCAAAGUCGCGGGCGGCCGCCCCAUCUGGGUCACCGAGUUCCAGCCCUCAGGCACGACAGACGAGGUCAAGCGAUUUCUCGAGGACGUGAUGCCUUGGAUGGACGCAAGCACGGAUAUCCAUCGGUAUGCGUACUUCAUGGCCGCACAGGGUGAGGGUAUGCUUGUGGAUAGUAAUGGCGGACUUGGUGAGAUUGGCAAGACGUAUGCGUUCUUUCACUAGAAAAAAAAAGGUGCAGAUGACCACGAAAUGUGUUCCGGGGAAUUUAGGCGCGCUCCCAGGAUAGAAGUAAGUUCAAGAUACAUGUCAGUACUAGAGA